UUUUGGACCAAGAAGAAACAAGGGACAUGAAUAAGUGAUCAUGAAACUUGGUUAUACUUUAAACAACAAAACAAAUCACCUUGUUUAUCUGAGUUUGUUUCAUAUUCUGUUUUUUUUUUUUUACUCAUAUCCUAUUGUACAUGGCUUGAUAACAAAUAAUCAGUCAGUGUCUCUGUUGCUGACUCACUAGUAUUUUAAUUUAUUUUCAUAAUGCUACACAUUUAGGUAGAUCUGACCAUUUCGAGCACUGUCGUGUGAUUUCUGCAGUGAUGUCCACUCAGGAGGCUUUUGUUGCUGCAGCUCGUAAACAUCUGUGUGCUGGAAGAAAAUCUCUCUCUGUUCCUCAGAGUCUGGACCUGGCUGCUCAGGUCCUGGCUGUCAAUUUGGGGUUGAAACCUGCUCUGCUGUACGACAGUAAUGGCACCAGUCCAGAGCAGGUGCAGCAGUAUGUGAGCUCUCUGCAGUCUUCCCAGCUUGUGUCUGAAUCACUUUUCACAUUGGAUUUAAAUGGAGACACACUUAUUGUUAAUCCAUUUGCUGUUAGGUCAAAUCUAGAGCAGGUGCUGGGCGGUGGCGGUGCCAUCCCUGUGAUUGAUGUCUGUCACUCACUGGAGAAGCCUGUCAUUACUGACAAACUCAGAUUAGAGCUCAAGAGCAUAAUACAAGAUUUACUGCUAAUUCUGAGAGAUUCUCAACAGCUAGAAGUGGUAGAGAAACCUCUUUGUGUGGGAGAGAAAUGUGAAGACUGGAAUCUGUGCACAGUCUUCGGUCUAUUGUUGGACUACCCUGUAAUUUACUGGUUUGAUCAGACCAACAGCUUUGAAAACUGUCUGUCUAUGACUCCUCUGGUGGUUACUACAGCUGCAGUAACAUGGCAGGCGGCCACUGCAGACCACAGAUGUCGUCUAUACUCUUUCAGCGUCCCGGCUGUUCUGCUCGAAGAGACGCAGUCCAACCUGGACUCCUGGAGGCUUCGUUUACAAGAGAAAUUUCAGCAGCAAAAUGUCUUCAAGGAUCUUGGGGUUUGUCAAAGCACAGUGACUCUGCCCUCAGUCUGUCUGUGAUGUCUUAUACAAAUACCCUGGUAUACAACAUGUGGGUUUUUCCUUUUAUCACUUCAUUAAACUGUCAUAACAGCCAUUUA